AUGGUGAUAACGGCGAGCGUCACUCCUUUGGAAGAAAACGGUUACGCUCAGCGAAAAAACAAACUGAGACGUAACAUAAUGAUACGUGUGUAAUUUCCAAGAGUACACUAUUAUUAUUAAUAUUUAGCGAAACCCAGGUCAAGAGAAUCUGUUGGGAUUACUUCUCGGUCGGUUCUCGGUGGUUUGCUAGAGAGACCGGGGGAACUAUUUUACCCCCCGGUCUUGCUAGAUUUCACAGGCCUCUUCGUGGCGCUAGAUAUUAGUAGAAGCUGUAACAUGCAUAAAUUGUGGCUGGUCGGGCUAGUGUUGGCACUUCCCCACCGAGGUCGUAUCCGGCGAGAGAUCGAGACCACGGGCUCGCCCCGGUGUCGGCCGCAAACUCGAGCGGUGGCCGGUGCUGUGCGGUCGGGCUUGUGGUUUCGAUCGGUACGCGGUUAA